AUGUAUCAUUUAGUUCAGUGUGUAUCCAUUUGCCAGUGCCCGCAUUCACCUCCACAAUCCAUUCCCGUUCAGCGCGUAGUGUACCACAUCAUCCAUCUCUCCCGGAAUGUUGCUCCAAUACCCCAUCCGUACGCCAACCGGCUGGUCACGGCCAAAUACUCGCGUUCAUCCGAUCUCAUUCAGCCGGAACUGUUCCGAGUGGCCGCGUUCCUCGUAGUGAAGGAUGGCUAA